UAUAUAAAGGGCUGGUGGGACAAAGGACAGUCACAUUUCAGAAACUUCUCUUUUACUAGAAGACAAGAAACAGCUCCAGACACCAUGGCCUGCUGCAACUCCUGCUCUACCAGCUUCUGUGGCUUCCCCAGCUUCUCUGUUGAGGGGAACUGUGGAUCUAGCUGCUGCCAAGACAGCUGUGGGUCCAGCUGCUGCCAACAGGGAGGCUAUGGGCUUGGCUAUGGGCUCGGCUAUGGCUCUGGCUCUGGAAUAGGCUCUGGCUCCAACUGUGAGACCACCUGCAGGACCAGGUGUUAUGUUCCUGAGUGCUGUGGAGGAGAGAGCUGCCGCACCAGGUGGUGCCGCCCAGACUGCAGGGUUGAGGGUACUUGCCUGCCACCUUGCUGUGUAGUCAGCUGCAUCCCCCCAUCCUGCUGCCAGCUCCACCAUGCCCAGGCUUCUUGCUGCCGCCCAUCCUACUGUGGCCAGUCUGGCUGCCGUCCAGCCUGCUGCGGCUACUGUUGUGAGCCCACCUGCUAAGGACCAGGAUCUGUGGUUUACGAAGAAAUUGAUAUUUGCAAGAAAUUGAUAUGAGUUAAAUACAUGAUGUAGUAGAGUCACAAAGAUUACGAAGAAGGCUUGGUCUUUACUGUUUUGAAAAUGCAUUUUAAAAAAAUUCAAAUGCAUUCUUCUAGGACUUCCAUAGGCUGAGACAGUCCACAAACUGAAGAUGGAUUUUUCUGCAGCAUCUUGAUCUUCAGAAAACACUUAUACUUGGCACAAAACAUUGUCCAGGUGCUCUUUAUUUGAACAUUUUUUCUAUUCUCUUAAUUUUUCUCCUAUUUUAUUUAUGCUUGGAUAUCCUCUGUUAAUUUCAAAUAAAGUCUAUUAGCCUGCAAAGGAAA